CGGGGCAGACCUGCCGCUGCUGCGGGGGGGUCAGGUGGGGUCCGGUCAUUGUCCGGCCCCGGUAUAUAAGCGGACUGAGGCCGGGCGUGUGCCAGGCUCACCGGCUCGCACGAGCUGAUCCAGAGCAGUAGAGGCGCGUGCCAGAACUCCUGAUCCAGACCCAGUUCUGCUGGAUCUAAUCCAGAACCGAACGCUGCUCUCCGAGAUGGACUCCGUUUUCUCCGAUACCGACACCAGCUGUGACCUCUUCCCGCACACCGACGAUGAGGACUCCCGCGGCAGCGUGCGCGGCGCGUCCCCGCGGCCCGAUCAGCAGCAGCUGCAGCAGAAGAAGCGGCGUCGCGGCCGCGGCCGCAGCGAUUCCACCGCACAGGUGGUGAAGAAGAACCGGCGUCUCAAGGCUAACGAUCGGGAGCGGAACCGCAUGCACAACCUGAAUGACGCGCUGGACGCGCUGCGGGGCGUCCUGCCGGCCUUCCCGGAUGAGACCAAACUCACCAAAAUCGAAACUCUGCGCUUUGCGCACAACUACAUCUGGGCUCUGUCGGAGACCAUCCGCAUCGCGGACCUGCAGGCGGGGAAGACCGGAGACCCUCCCCUGCUGCUCAGCCCCUCUCUCCUGGUGGAGGCCCCCAGCCCGGGAAGCGACGGCUGUUCCUGGAGCUCCAGCGGCUCUUCGUCCUCUUCCUCGCCGGCUUAUUGCGCCUCGAGUCCGGGCAGCCCCUCCGCGCCGGAGGACUACAGGUUCCUGCAGCAGGUUCCCGUGUUCGGUUUCCGCAGCUUCGCUCCGGGCAUCUACUGAGGACUGGGGAGCAGAGACAGGUGGAGACAGGUGCCUUAGCAGCCGACAGCAGAAGAACCGGAGUUUGCCUUACAGAGCAGAAGGACUGAAAUGAGAAGAACUUUAUUCCUCAUUUAGAUGUUUCCGAGUUUGUGUUUUAAUAUAAAAAUCUUUGCACUCCCCCCUCCCCCAGUGUGCAGGUUAGUCAGGUCUACAGCUCCUCGUCCUCGUCUUCCUCCUUCUCCUAGAGGUGAAAAGUCAACUUUACAAUUUGUAGAGCAGUGAAGCAGAAAACUGAGCGUGGAAAUCCAGUUUCUGCGCUCUGACAAAAGACUGAAAGGAGCUGCCCCCAUCCAUUAUUCUGUCACCCCCACACAGACUGCCCCCCUCCCCCCCCACACACACACUCUGUUGUUGUUUUUAUUUAUUUGGUUUCGUCACAUAGAAAGUUGUAUUUUGUACAUAAAGAGAUUUUUAUUCUAUUUACUGGAACUUUCCUGCUUUUUCUGAAUAAAUAAAGUUUUAACGUU